GUCAGUCUUUUUCCCCACACUUUUUUUUUUUUUUUUCUCAUUUAAAGAAUUAUUUCUCUAAUGAGCACUAAAACGCUUUACAACAAAGCAGUAAGGUUAUAUUUACUCACCAAAUAUGUACCUGCCGCUAAUACCUGCAAUAAAGCUAUUGCGACCCUCACCAAAGAUGAAGACGACACGAUGAAGCUGAAUGUCUGGUUAUUAUACCUGAACAUUGCUUCCACAUUGCUCAUUGGUGCUUCUCCUAUGCCUCCUGUCAAGCUCAUUGGUUUAAAUGAGGAUGAAAAUCAGACCACUCAACAAGUUUGUCAGAGUAUCUGGAAUAAACUCGUAACAGCUUAUGGCUCCGUCGAAGCUUUAGACCCUCGACUUGUCGGCGCAAGUUUAAGGCUAAACUUGAAAUUAGAUCAAGCCAGUGUAGCCAGAGAGUCUGUGGAAUCUUGGUUUGCAGCUUUACCUGCUUUAUUCUUGGAUGAUAUGACAGAAGGACGAAUCAGUGUUGAACCUUACCUUGACAUUGUUCGGUUUUACAUUGCCCGUAUAUUACCUGCUAUGCAGGAUUAUGAAUCUGCGCACAUCUUUUUAGAAUUUAACGAAGUUUUACCAGAUUCUAAGAAAAAGGAAUUACAAUUACUUGUUCAGGAACAACAGGCAAAUAUCGAACAAGAACAGGCUAGAUUAGCAGCAGAAAAAAAGGAAAAGGAACAACGCGCAGCACAGGUUGAGAUGGAUGCCAAGUUAGCGAGAGAGGCCAAAUUAGAAAGGGAGGCUAAAGCUGAAAGAGAGGCUAAGGCAGAAAGGGAGGCCAAGGCAGAAAGGGAAGUAAAAGCAGAAAAGGACAAGGAAAACAUGUCAAUGAAGAAUACAGAAUUACUGCAACAUGACAAGCGCCACACUGUAUCUGCACGCGCCAUGAACACACCACCUUCUGUCUUAGAUCACAAUAUAACAGUCGUAAAGAACUGGAUGGGUCAAAUCACUACACAAGGGGCUACAUCCUUUGCCACCAUUUUAAUUGUCAUAUUUGCUUUACUGGGUUUACUACGUGGUCAAAGAGGACGUCUCUCUAUCGCCUUACAGACUUUGUUAAACAAGUUUUGGCAGACCAUCAAAAUGGGAACCAAAGUGACCUACAUGUAAAAAAAGAAACCAAUACCAAGGAAAUACCCAACUGUAUAAAAAAAAAAAGAAGAAUCAAAAAGGGGGACUAGUUAACAGAACAUGAAUAUCAUCGUAAUAAAAUAAAAAUAGGCAAGCUUUCUUUCAUUCAUAAGAAUAGCUGGAUUACAAACCUUAAUUUAGUAAGGCAUGUGAUAAAUU